AUGAGGGCCUCGCGCUCGGGAGUCGGAGGAAGAGGCCCGUCUUUUCCGCUUGCACGCUCCUCUUCCCCCUCUCGCUCUCUGCUUCUCGGGUCCACAAUGGCGGACAGACUCCCUAGUCUCACUUCCGCUCCGAGCCUCCCUGACCUUCCGCUCUCCACUCUGACGUCCGCGCUCACCUCGCUCUUCCUCCCCCACCCUCCCGCCGCUGAUCUUGGCUCCGCCUCCUCACCGCCACGUCACCGGAGACCGGACCCGCGCUUACGGCCCGUGGGCGCAUGCGUAGUGGAGGGAGCGCGUCGGGGUGUCAGCGAGCGCCAACUUUCAGCGUCUUUUCUGCGGCUUCCUUCUAUCCCGCUCCGAGGCUGCAGGGCCCUGGCAGAGUGGCGUCAGCUGGAAGGCUGGCCAGAGCCGGAUUUUGUUGCACUCCGGGCAGGAAGAUGGCCGAGGCGGCGGCUGACGGAGAUAGUAGUGUCUUGCUGAAGUCACGGCGGCCGGUGGUGCCCUCCUGGAGGCUGACUGGACGGAGUCAGGGAACUUCCCGGUGAGCGGGCCGGGCCUAGCAGGAGCCUCCGGCGGCUGCCGAAAGCCGUGGGUACGGCUGGCUGACUCAGCCGCCCUCGGGACGGAGUUGCUGCGUCCCCACAAGCCUGCCUGUGCAGCUGAAGUGGCAGGUUAGAGUUGUGGUACUCAAACUUAUGUCCAAGCAAACAGGAGGAGCACCGGCGCGGGUUCAGUCUCUCCAAACCCAGUUCAGCCGUAAUCUGUGGAGUCAGACUUCGCCGCCCAAUUCAUGGAUUUGUGCUUUUGACUCCGCUCUGAUUUUUUUGAAUGAAUAAAGUUGCCUGGGAUACUUAAGUAUAGUUGCAGAGCGUCUUUUCGGCCCUAAAAAGAGGGAAAGUUUCCAUUGAAAAAGUUCUUUACCACAUAUUGGCAAACCCAAAGUAUGCCAAUAUGCAACAUGUUGACAUUUUCAUUGAAAUAUCUACAAUAAAGGUAAAGAUUCCUUGUCUC